ACAGGUGCACUUGGAGUGGCAGAUUCUCUUCAACGAAGAAAGAUGUCUUUUCAGCAACAGCAACAAUGCAAAAUCCCUUGCCAGCCCCCUCCCCAGGUCCCUGAGCCCUGUCCUCCCCAGGUCCCAGUGUCUUCUCCUCCCCAGGUCCCUGUGCCUUGCCCUCCCAAAGGGCCUGAGCCGUGUCUACCACCCCCCAGCCAGCAGAAGUGCCCCCCUGUGCAACCUCCCCCAUGCCAAGAAUACCUGCCAAAGCAGAAGUGAUUUCUCUGAAGCCACCCUCCUCAACCUGGUCAUGAAGCAGAUGGAUUC